UUUGAGGAUCAUCUUGUUUUUCUUGUUUUCCUAAAGAAAUAUGAUCAUUGAUUCUGCCAUGUACGUAACAUAUAAAACCGUACUGAGUUGGAGAGUACGAUAGUAGUCCUAUGGAAGAUUUUCAAAUUGGGGCAAUCCUCUCCGGAUUCAUCUUGUCCAGCUUCGAUCACGUCCUUUGAUCAAGACUAGCAAGCUUUCCUUUACUCCUUGUGUGUCGUGCGAAAACCAUGAGAGACCCGGUUUUGCACCAGCUGCAACACAAACUGCCAUUUUUGCCGGGUUUUCAGUUUGAUUUGGACAAGGACCUGCCAAAUCAACGUAAAUCUCACGCAUUCGACUACAGCAAUGGAGUAGCGGUCUUCAAGGAAGCCCCGGGGAUUGGCGGUAUCCCCAUUCACGGACAGGAACGAAGCAAGAUUCACACAUCUGUCGAGUUAUAUCCGCAUAGCGAUAAUGCCGGGGAGGGAGUACCUGCUUGGGUUGCGUUUGAUCGAAAGGUUCUCCGCUUCUAUGCAUACUUUCAAGAAGCGGUUCACGAAAGACGAGAGGAGCAGUACCGUGUGCGAAAGGUGAACAUUUAUUUUUACCUUGAAGACGACUCCGUUCACGUUAGCGAGCCAAAAACCGUAAACAGCGGCAUCCCACAAGGUACAUUAAUUCGUCGACAUCGGAUUCCAAAACCCGAAUCCGAAGUUGGACAGCACUACACUGUGGCAGAUUUCAAUGUUGGAAAGGAGGUUACAUUCUAUGCUAGGACGUUCAAGAUUGUUGGUUGUGACAAGUUUACCGAGGAUUUCCUUCACUCACUCAACAUAAACGUACCCGAAAAUGGCACUUUUCCGGUGGAUCCCUACACCGCACAUCGUGACGAGCUCAAAUCCCGUAUGCGAGCAACUCGCCCCCGUCCACCUCAGACAUCCCUCAAAAAGUUCCUUGAGAACGAUCGUCGGGUCCUCCGCUUCUACUGCGUCUGGGAUGACACCAACAGCGUGUUUGGCGAUCUGCGUCAAAUGGUGGUUCACUACUACCUGUCCGAUGAUACGAUCGAGAUUCGUGAACAUAUCCCUGCGAAUGCCGGGCGAGAUUCAAACACCCUUUUCUUACGUCGGAGUAAAUUACCCAAAAGAAUGCGACACUUUUUGUACGGACAUAACAAUGAAUCGAGUGAUGGCGAGUAUUUUAACGAACGGGAUUUCAUGAUUGGAGCCGUGUUGCAUUUGUAUGGCCGUCCAUUUGUGGUUUGCGAUUGUGAUGAUUUUACCAAGGACUAUUACUAUGAAAAGUAUGGAGUGGAGACUUUUGACCCCGUUCGUAUUGAAGACUAUGAACAACAUGACUCUGACGUGGCGGCUUCCGAAAUCCCCCAAAAUGUGGUGCAGGGCAAUUACGAACUUUUGCUCCCACCCUCACCCUUGACACCAGCCGCGGUUGGUCAAGCCAAUGCUCCAAUGCCCACAACCGCUGUGCCCAUGAUCGGGGCCUCUGUACCGCCCAAAAAAGACUUCAGAAAACUCAUGCUUUACGACGGUGUCGUUCUCCGGUUCUCGGCUGUUCUCCGCGCAACAAAACAGGUGGAUCGUGAUCGACGUUUUGUGGUGUCAUUCUAUGUUGCAGAUGAUACUGUCAGUGUCUUUGAGCCAAAGGCGCGAAAUACUGGUAUUGUAGGGGGCAAGUUCUUGGAAAAACAGAGAAUUAGGAAGCCAGAUGGCGUUGGAUUCUACGCAGCAGAAGACUUUCAUAUUGGUGCCGAACUUGUCUUCUUCCACCAUCCCUUCAUCUUGACGGAUGCGGACGAAUACGCGCUGAAAUUCAUGCAAAGCCACCCAGAAUUAUUCCCGAAGCAACGUCCGGCGGAUCUGGGAACUAUCGCACAACAGCCUUCGAACAUCAAACCGCCUACACCUGCACCCACCUUACAUAAAUGGCAGGAAGACGUGCUGGCACAGGACAAACCUUUGCCUGCUCCUGUUACACCACCUCGCAGCGCCGAGGGGAUUAAGAAGCGUGUGACAAUUGUAGAAUCGCAUGACCCACCCACAGAAAAGCGCGAACCGGAAAGUUUGGUGCCAAGAUCGGAAACAAAUGUGCACUAUGCACCUGCUGGUGCGAACAAUUACAGUGCAACUCGGAUGUUAGAUAAUGUACGAGCGUCAGCUGCUGCUACAGUGUCAGCCCAGUAAGUUGAAUUCAGAAGCACUUCAAGGAGGUCGUAAUCUCUGUCGGGUGCUACAGUCGAGGAAGCCACUCAAGGAUUUCACGGAGGAAGAAUUUAAUAUACCAACGGGAAAGUGGUACCUUUUUUGGAUGUUGUAAAGACAGUCAACGUAACAGAGAAAGCCAUUAUAUCGGAAUCUAACGUGAAGCCACGCCGUUCAUAAAAUUCAAACACAGGAGAUAGAGCGCUCCAAAAUGCCUUCACCGAAAUGUUCAUAGAUAUUCAUAAUAAAUCGCUACCAAAUGGGCCGUGGUAGGUGGCGG